AUGGGAAAUAUCACUGACAAAUCAAUUUAUUCUACUGAAGAAUGUGCCCGAGAAUGUUUACAGUAUGAAAUGUGUGAGACAGCUAUUUUCUACUUUGCAUUACAAACAUGUUUACUUUAUCGAGAGAAAAAUGGUCUUGGAACACGUGUCAGUGUAAGUGAUCAAACAGCUUCAAUGAUCAGUAUGAAUAAUCGAAAUCCAGCAGUUACUCACUGUGCCGCAAGCGGUCAGGGUAUUACUCUUCAUGAGAACCAGUUUAUCUAUUCAUCUAAUCAAUCAUUCGCUUUUGGAAUUUUAACUCCCAAAUGGGGUAUUUUUCAUGUGGGUGCAUAUGGUAGCAUCAGUUCGAAUUAUUGGCAACCAGGAGGUGGUAUAGCUGCUAAUUUUUAUUUUCAACUUCAGGGCGAUGGAAAUGUAGUUCUAUACCAAUCGAGUGGGGGAGCUGCCUUUAGAAUUGGAGGGCAGGGUGCUGGUGCCGGUGCACCUUAUACCUUCUAUGUAUCAAAUACAGGCGAAUUAGUUUGGCUCGAUCGCACAAAUCAAAUUGUAAAGCAACGACCACCUUAA